AUGGCAUCUUCUUUGUUCCGAUGGCCGUUCAGCAUGUUCAACGAGGGAGUUGAGCAUGACGAAAGUGAUGGGUUGCAGCACUUGCGUGAUGCCUUGGAGAAGGCCGAAAGGCAAGUAUCAUCAUCAACAAGCGACAGCGAGGAAGAACAGGAACGUAAGGAGGAGAUCCUUGAUGGGUUGCGUGCAAAGUUGGAAGAGUUCGAAGUUGAGACACAGAAGAAGGUCAGGAUCACCAUUUGCAGCGCCGUCAGUGGCGAGUCCAUCGCACAAGUGCGGCUAAGAUCUACAGAUUUCGUGGUGCAGCUCUGCGAAGCAGUUGUGAAGGAAACGAGUCACAAGGUCGUCGUGGCUCACUCUAUCAUUUUCCAGUCCGAGGUCUUACCCCAGCACAAGACAAUCAGCGAGGCCGGGUUGCAGGAUGGCGAUACCGUCUACGUGGCUAGAGCUCCGGUAAGAUGCCUGACAGCAUCGCAUGAUGGUACUGCAUGCCUGUGGAAUUUCGAUCAAGACACGACCAACUCGCCCGAAGCUGGUUCCGGCCAGCCUCUUCGCCUGCACGCGCAGGGAGCCUUGAAGAAUGCAAGCAUGUCUCCCGGUGGCCAGCUGUUGAUGCUGUCCACAGAGGAUGGAGGCAGUGGACUCUUGUAUUGUGCAGAGACAUUGCGAUUUCUCAGUCGAUUGCAGGGGGGCGCUCAAAGUGCUUCUUUUUCAGUAGACGGGCAGAAGGUAGUAGGAGUUGAUGCAGAUGGCAAUGCAAACAUCUGGUGUACGCAAACCGGCCAGAUCAUGCACCGCAUGUUUCCUCCAAAAGCAUCCUCGUCCCAGUUGGACUCAGACUCUGACGACGACUCUGAGAUGACCUUCGCAGUUUUCUCAGCUUGUGGCAAGUUCAUCGCGACAGGUUCUGGUGCGUGCACGCAGCUCUGGGAUGCAUCUGGAAGCCUUCAGUUUACCCUCAGCGGCCACGUUGGGACCGUCAGGCAUGCUGUAUUUUCAGCUGACAGCAAGUAUCUGUUAACUGCAUCUGCAGACUCAACAGCAAGAGUUUGGAAUUGCGGUAAUGGCAGAUGCAUGCGGGUUCUCAGUGGUCAUCAACGCGCCCUUACUUUGUGCGCCUUUUCUCCAACAGGAUUGCAGGCCAUCACCGCGGCUCAUGAUGGAACUCUGAAGUUGUGGGACCUUGCAGACGAUAUCACUGAUGGAUCGCACACAGACUGCACGCUGAGCCUAGAAGCCGAUGGUGGCGUUGUCAGUUCAGCUUGUUUCUCGCCCGAAGGUUCGCGGCUUCUCAUGGCCUCUGGAUCUGACACAGUCCGCGUCUUCAAUGCCUCAACCGGACAAAUGCAGCUCUCCUUCGAAGGAUUUCAUGAUGACUGGGUUCGCUGUGCCAGUUUUUCUCCCGACGGGCUGAUCGUUGCCACCACCUCUUAUGAUGGAGCAGUUGGCAUUUGGAGUGCGACCACCGGGAAGUGCUUGCAUUCACUUCACGGGCAUACGCAGGCGGUUGUCGUUGCGCAGUUGGCGGCUGCAUAG